CAAAGCUCUCUGACUCCACCACACAGCACACUUCCUCCUCUCACAGCAGCCGCAGCAGGAGCAAGAGCAGCAAAGAUGAUCCAGAAGUCCUGCCUUGUAAUCCUGAUACUUGUCCUUUGCACAGCUCUCAUACAAGGUAAUAUUCUUUUGCCUUCUUUUCUUCUGUAUGAUAUUACAUUAACUUCGCCUCCUUUUCUUCCAUAUAACAUUGCAUUAAUUGCAUCUUCUCUGCUUCCACAUUUUGCAAUGCAAUCAUAAUGUGGUAAUAACGUUGACUAACGAGGAAAGCUCAUAGAACAAUAGAGCAACAAAGUAAUGAUAAUGGGUGGUAUUCAACUAUUUUUUUUACCAUUGCAAUUAAUGGACCUGACUUAGUCGAGUUUAUCGAUUACAGUGGGCCAGUUUGGAGUAGGUAAAUAUCAUACAAUGCUGUCAAGCAGGGAAAUUGGAUAGUACAGUGGUACCUCAGGUUACAUACGCUUCAGGUUACAGACUCCGCUAACCCCGAAAUAGUGCUUCAGGUUAAGAACUUUUCUUCAGGAUGAGAACAGAAAUCGGGCUCCGGCGGCGCGGCGGCAGCGGGAGGCCCCAUUAGCUAAAGUGGUGUUUCAGGUUAAGAACAGUUUCAGGUUAAGAACGGACCUCCGGAACGAAUUAAGUACUUAACCCGAGGUACCACUGUAAAUAUAAUUAAAUCAAUAGAAAACAAAGGGGUUUUUUGGGGGGGAGCAAUGGGGGGAACGCAGGUGGCGAGUGGGACGCGGGUGGCGCUGUGGGUAAAACCUCAGCGCCUAGGACUUGCCGAUCACAUGGUCGGCGGUUCGAAUCCCCGCGGCGGGGUGCGCUCCCGUCGUUCGGUCCCAGCGCCUGCCAACCUAGCAGUUCGAAAGCACCCCCAGGUGCAAGUAGAUAAAUAGGGACUGCUUACCAGUGGGAAGGUAAACGGCGUUCCGUGUGCUGCGCUGGCUCACCAGAUGCAGCUUAUCACGCUGGCCACGUGACCCAGAAGUGUCUGCGGACAGCGCUGGCUCCUGGCCUAUAGAGUGAGGUGAGCGCACAACCCUAGAAUCUGGCAAGACUGGCCCGUACGGGCAGGGGUACCUUUACCUUUUAAUGUCAUCUCCCCCCUCCUCCCAAAGAAAAUCUCCAAGCGUUAAAAAGAUUGUGGCUUACCACUUUCCCAUUCGUUGCUCUGUCUGAAACACCCCGCUGAAGAGGUUUCGAAGGAAAGCCUCCCCUCUCACAUCACACCCGCAACCCUGUAAAGUUAUAUUACGACUGAGCGUACCCGAAUGUGUAACUCAAGGGUGACAUUCUUCUGUUGCAGGAAUGCCAACUACCAGCAGAGGGCGUUGCCUCUGUCGAACAAAAGGAAUGAUGCUGAGCUCUGUCCCUAUUCAACGCGUUGCUGAAGUUGAAUUUCACCGGCCCAGCAGCAGCUGUGAUCAGGAGGAACUGGUGUAAGUAGUGGAUGCUGGUUCUACUCUAGAAGCAUUAACAUUUGUGUUAAGUUUCCUACUCGGGGUCAAUGCUAUUUUGCUACUCAAUGCAAUACAAGUAACUAUAUAAAACCCUAAGGAAGUUGUGUUGAUCUAGAAGGGCAGGGCAAAUGCCUUUAUUUUGGAGCAGUCCAACUGCCACGGAAGGAUAAUAAUAGUAGUCCUGUUUCUAAUUUGCCCUCAAUUGCUUCUUUGCAGAGUCACUUUCAAGAGAAACGAGCGCAAGAGGUGCCUGAACAUUAAUUUGGAGCAAGGCCGUCGUAUAAAGGAAGUAAGUGAGACCAGAAUAAGUACAGUGGGUUGGGAUGAGACAAGAUAACGGGGUGGCUGUGUUGGUGGGCUCCCGAUACCUCAUCCACUCUGGCCACAGAUAAGCGUCUUGUACUCACCAGGUAUUUUUCUUUGCUUCCCUUACAGGCAAUUAUGAAGAAGAGGAAAUGAAGAUUGUUAGAGACUGAGAGAGGAGAAGGCAGAGAAAAUAUACCGUAUUUUUUGCACCAUAACACUCACUUUUUUCCUCCUAGAAAGUAAGGGGAAAUGUCUGUGCGUGUUAUGGAGCGAAUGCCUACGGGUGGUGGUGGGGAUCUGCUGCAGUCGUGAGCAGAGGAUCCAUGGUUCCCCUUCCUUCCCUCCUCUGUGGCUUGCUUUGAAACAGCAAAGCGGGAGAAGAGCCGCUGAGUGGGGAGGAGAGAGGGACAGAGAGCCUGCUUGCUUUAAAGGAGCAAAGCGGGAGAGGAAAGGAGCCUUCUCCGCUUAUACCCCUCUUCUGCAUUAUUAACAGCAUCCUUCUCCACCCACCCCACGCGUGUGCCUUGUCCCUUGAGUGCUUUUCCUUCCCUCCCCACUUAAAACGUGGUUACAAAGCACGGAUCUACAUGGAUCCUCAGGAUUUUUGCACUGGGUCACCCCAAAUUCACCAUCAGAUCACAUAGCAUGUCCAUGGCUACAGCUUGCACCAAAAAAAUCACACACCCACUGUUGCCUGGGGCCGCAGCAUGAACCACAAAAAUCAUACAUCCGCUGUUUUGUUUAGAAUAUUUUUUUUCUUGUUUUCCUCCUCUAAAAACGAUGUGCUUGUUAUGGUCGGGUGUGUGUUAUAGAGCGAAAAAUACGGUAAUUGGGCAUCUGGUUACUGAGGUAGAGAAGUCAUGAGGUUCAAGCUUCUUUUGGACAAAGACAUCAACCAUUUCUCCUUCAGGAAGACCUCCUGACAACCUUCUAAAAGACUGACUUUCUGUGGACCACACAGUUUGAAAACUCCCUGACCUAAGUGUUUAAUUGGCAGGAUUCAGUCUAGUAUAAAGCUGCCGGAAUUUGAAAAGGAGCUUUUCCCAUUUAGUUUCUUUCCCUCAACUUUCAGGUCCAAUAAUUAUGUGUUACCACGGGAAGAAACAAAAAAAACUGAGAAAGCUAGAGGACAAAUACCGUAAUUUCAUAUUGUAAAGCCCUGAAUAGCUAAAAAAAUCUAUGUGAGUGGAAGACAUUUGGUACUCAUUGCUUCAUUGUUAAACUUAAAAGAAUAAUGUUUUCUUGCUAUCUUGUUGUUGUAUUCUGCUCCUUGCCGGGUCUUGAAUACAGGCUUGGCACCUGUACAUUUGUAAAUAAAAAUAUUUUUGUUUUGUAACAAAUCA